AUGUCUGCUGGUGGUGAAAUUGAUGAGAGUUUGUACUCUCGUCAAUUGUACGUUCUAGGUAAGGAUGCCAUGUUGAAAAUGCAAUUAUCUAAUGUUCUUAUUGUUGGUUUAAAGGGUCUUGGAGUGGAAAUUGCAAAAAACGUAGCCCUUGCAGGUGUUAAAUCAUUGAAUCUAUAUGAUCCAGAGCCGGCUUCGCUACAGGAUCUUUCAACUAACUUUUUUCUAACUGAGCAAGAUAUUGGCCAACCUAGAGAUCAAGUCUCAGCUGCAAAGCUCGCCGAAUUGAAUGCGUAUGUACCUGUUAGGGUUAUUAAUGCUUUAGAUGAAGCAACAUUAUCUGAAUUUCAAGUGAUUGUGACCACAGAUACAGUUUCUUUGGAGCAAAAGGUUAAGUUAAACAACUACGCACAUAGCCAUGAUAUUAAAUUCAUUGCUACAGAGACAAGGGGUUUGUUUGGUUAUGCUUUCGUGGAUUUAGGUGAUGAGUUUGUUGUGAUUGACACAACAGGAGAGGAACCAAAAUCAGGAAUUAUUUCAGACAUUGAGCCAGAUGGAACUGUCACUAUGUUGGAUGAUACUAGACACAACUUGGAAGACGGCGACUAUGUUAAGUUUUCGGAAGUUGAAGGGCUUGAGGAACUGAAUUAUGGUACAUCGUACAAAGUGGAGUCUUUAGGACCUUUUGCUUUCAGGAUCCAAUCAGUAAAAGAUCUAGGAACAUAUAAGAAAGGUGGAAUAUUCACCCAAGUCAAAAUGCCUAGUACCAUGUCAUUCAAAGCCUUGGAAGAGUCCUUGAAAGACCCUGAAUAUCUCAUCUCCGACUUUAGUAAGCUUGAUAGAUCAGCUCAGUUGCAUCUAGGUUUUCAAGGUCUCCAUCAAUUUGUUAUCAAAAAUAAUGGUCAGUUUCCAAGGCCGUUGAAUGAUGAGGAUGCAAACCAAUUAGUUAAACUAGUUCAUGAUUUAGCUGCUCAACAACCGAAUGUUUUGGGUCCUGAUAUCCCUGUAGAUGAAAAACUAAUUCGGGAGUUAUCCUAUCAAGCGACAGGUGAUAUUCCUGGUGUUGUAGCAUUUUUUGGUGGCUUCGUUGCUCAAGAAGUCUUAAAAGCAUGCUCUAGUAAGUUCACGCCAUUAAAGCAAUUUUUGUACUUUGACUCGCUAGAGUCCCUACCUGACCCUUCUAAGUUCCCAAGAACCGAAGUUAACACUUCAUCUAUUCAGUCCCGGUAUGAUUCGCAGAUCGCUGUGUUUGGUAUCGAUUUCCAAAGAGCGAUAGCUAACUUGAAAGUUUUCCUUGUUGGUUCAGGUGCCAUAGGUUGUGAAAUGUUGAAGAACUGGUCCUUGUUGGGGCUAGGGUCGGGUCCCGAUGGUAAAAUCAUUGUUACCGACAAUGAUAUCAUCGAAAAAUCUAACUUAAACCGUCAGUUUUUGUUUAGGUCGAAGGAUGUUGGCAAAAAUAAGUCUGAAGUCGCAGCAAAGGCAGUAGAGGUAAUGAACCCAGACUUAGUUGGACAUAUUGAUGCUAAAUUUGAUAAAGUUGGAGCUGAAACCGAAGAAAUUUUUGAUGGGGAAUUUUGGCAAGGCUUGGACUUUGUGACCAAUGCAUUGGAUAACGUUGACGCACGUACCUAUGUGGAUCGCCGUUGCGUCUUUUACAAGCUACCUUUACUUGAAUCAGGUACUCUUGGUACUAAAGGUAAUACUCAAGUGGUCAUUCCAAAGUUAACUGAAUCGUAUUCUUCAUCCAGAGAUCCUCCAGAGAAAUCUAUUCCAUUGUGUACACUAAGAUCUUUUCCUAACAAAAUUGAUCAUACUAUUGCUUGGGCCAAAUCCCUAUUCUUGAGCUAUUUUACAGAAGCUCCAGAGAAUGUUAACAUGUAUUUGACUCAACCAAACUUCGUAGAUCAAACUUUGAAACAAGCUGGAGAUGUUAAGGGAAUUCUUGAAUCAAUUUCGGAUUCCUUAAAUAACAGACCUUACAAUUAUGAAGAUUGUAUUAAGUGGGCAAGAAUAGAAUUUGAAAAGAAAUUCAACCACGAUAUACAGCAACUAUUGUACAACUUUCCCAAAGAUGCAAAGACGUCAAGUGGGGCUCCCUUCUGGUCUGGCCCAAAGCGUGCCCCAGACCCGUUAGUAUUCGAUAUAUUCAACCCAUAUCAUUUUCAGUACAUUGUUGGAGGCGCGAGCUUGCAUGCAUUCAAUUACGGUCUAAAGGGGGAUGACGGUGAGCCUGAUAUUGAAUAUUAUAAGCAGGUUUUGUCGACUGUUAACGUCCCAGAAUUUACUCCAAAAUCUGAUGUAAAAAUCCAAUCAAGUGAUGAUGAACCUGAUCCAAAUGCUAAUAACCACUUUGAAGGUGAUGUGUUGGAGCAGUUGGCGAUGUCUUUGCCGGAUCCGUCUACUUUAGCCGGUUUCCAAAUGAUCCCAACAGAAUUUGAAAAGGACGAUGAUACUAAUCACCAUAUUGAAUUCAUCACUGCGGCUUCUAACAAUAGGGCAUUAAACUAUCACAUUGAUCCGGCUGACCGUCAAAAGACAAAAUUCAUUGCAGGUCGUAUCAUCCCGGCCAUCGCAACCACUACAGGUUUGGUUACAGGUUUAGUUAAUUUAGAGUUGUACAAAGUAGUGGACGGGAAAACGGAUAUCGAACAGUAUAAAAACGGCUUUGUUAAUUUAGCCUUACCAUUUAUGGGGUUUUCUGAACCAAUUGCAUCUCCUCAGGGUAAAUACAACAAAAAAACAUAUGAUAAAAUCUGGGAUAGAUUUGACAUCCAAAGUAACAUUAAAUUAAAAGAUUUAAUAAAGCAUUUUAAAGAGCAGGAAGGAUUGGAUAUCACCAUGUUGUCAUAUGGCGUUUCUUUAUUGUAUGCUUCAUUCUUCCCGCCUAAGAAGCUGAAGGAUAGACUAAAUUUACCAAUUACAGAAGUUGUCAAGUUGGUCACAAAGAAUGAAAUUCCCUCUCAUGUGAACACUAUGAUCUUAGAAAUAUGCGCUGAUGAUGAAGAGGGUGAAGAUGUUGAGGUUCCUUAUGUUACUAUUCACUUAUAA